GACAGUAGCCCAUACGCCUUGAUUAUCUAGUCUUGUCAUUUGGAGUGAGCUACAAAGACACUGCAGACAGGCAAAUGCUUCAAGGAGGAACAGCUGUGGCCAUGCCUGCUCUUCUGUCUUCAUGCUUCGGCUUCUUCUUCCUGGUCUCCUGUUCGGCCGCCUCAGAGGAGGAUACAGUGGUCGUGACCAGCACCGGCCCUAUCAAAGGCAAACACGUCCCAGCAGGAUCAGGCUCUGUGACGGCCUAUCUAGGCAUCCCCUAUGCUGAGCCCCCACUGGGGAAACUGCGUUUCCAGAAGCCCCUCCCUCAUCAGCCAUGGAGCCACGUCUUGGAGGCCACCAGCUACGGAAGCCCCUGCCGUCAGAAAAAUUAUUUUUCUGAUCCAUAUAGAAGCUUGUGGUUUGCUGACACACCGCCUUCGGAAGACUGUCUCUUCCUCAAUAUCUGGGUCCCUCACCCACGGCCAGCAGCCCCAGUGCCUGUCCUGGUCUGGAUUCAUGGGGGAGGAUUCUUUGCUGGGGCCAGUUCUCUGGAAUUGUACAACGGGGCCUUUUUAGCUGCCACUGAGAAGGUCAUUGUGGCUUCCAUGAAUUAUCGUCUGGGCUUUUUGGGCUUCCUCUUCUUCCCGCCACAUUUCCCAGGAAACAUGGGCUUGUGGGACCAACAUUUGGCUCUGAAAUGGUUGAAGGAAAAUGCCGCCGUCUUUGGUGGUGAUCCUGCUCGGGUGACACUCAUUGGUCAUAGUGCUGGGGGAGCAUCUGUGGGCUUCCAUCUCCUUUCCCCAGCGAGCAAACCCCUUUUUGCCCAAGCAGUGCUGCAGAGCGGUACUCCCAAUUCUUGCUGGGCUUUGCAGUCUCCUCAAGAGGCCACACUGUCUGCACAAGCUUUGUUGGAAAACCUAGCAUGCGAUCCAAAAAAUCGCAGUGCGGUGGUGAGCUGUUUACAGGACAUGGAUUUUGGGGAUGAUGUGUUUUAUACUAUGGAUUCUCUCAUCAGACCUGUCCCAGAUGGGGACUUUCUUCCUGAUGAACCAAAGAAACUUCUACAGACUGGGCAGAUACAGACUAAACCCCUGCUCUUUGGAGUCACUGGCGAUGAUGGGUCUAGCUUUGUAGCUGGUGUUCCAACCAAGGAUGGAAUACUUACCUGGGAGGAACAACUGCGAGAAACAGAGUUAGCAUUGAACGGGGAAUCUGAACCUGAUGCGGUCAAGGCUAUAGCACUGAAAUACAGUGAAGAUGGCCAUGGGCCAGAACAGUACCGUAGGGCCUUAGCCCAGUUUUACAAAGAUUACUUCUUUUUGUGCCCAAUGAUGGAUUUUGCUGCAAGCAUGGCAACAUCUGGAAGACCUAUAUAUGGCUACUCCUUUAACCAAUCCGUCUCUGGCUCCGUUUGGCAAGAGUGGAUGGGUGCAGCCCAUGGCGCUGAGGUGCCUUACCUGUUUGGAACUCUGUCAUCCCUGCCAGCGAGAAGCCAAACAACCACGGAAGCAGAUGCUGGACUGAGCCACAGGGUGAUGCGCUACUGGGCAGAGUUUGCCCGAAGUGGGAAUCCCACUGGAUCCACCCCCGAGGAUGUGCAGUGGCCGCUCUACAAUGCCACAGAGCAGAACUUCUUCCACAUCAGUACAGAAGCACCUCAGGUCAUGCAGGUGUCACCUGCCCACCACUGCAGUUUUUUGGCAACCCACCAAAAUAUAACCCAGAGAACAUGUUUUUGAAGUGAAGAAGAGUGGGACUUAAUGUAGUCUCUGGCGCCUGAGAAUUCCAAGUUCAUGGUUCUGAAGUACAGCAGGAUCCAAAUAAAACAAAAUAAUGACCUAUGGUUUUUAUUACAAUUGAACUGGUUCUUCAGAAAAUAAAGGAGCAUUGUGUUUUCAGACA